UAUUUGUUUUCUUUCUUUCUUUCUUUUCUACGUGUAUAUAAAAUGAGUUUAAUAGGGAAAAUUGGAGCAAUAGUUGAAGCAUGCUCAUAUAAUUUUAAACCGGGAAAUGAAACUGAUUUUUCAGAUUCUUUAGGUGGCUCUUGGUAUGUUUCACCUGCUGCUCAUGGUAUAGAAUUCUUAAUAAUUGUACCCUUUUAUUUAAUUAUGACUGUCUAUUUUGGAUAUAAAGCUAUUAUUUUAAAUAAAAAGAAUUAUAAUACGUUAAUAAAUAUCAAGAAAACUGUUAGACCAAAACGAUCAUGGUUUGAAACUAUGUGUUUAAUUAUAAUGAUUCUAUCGUAUACAGUAACAGUUAUUCAUAAGCUAAUAUCACAUACAAACUAUUUCCUACUACAGCCUUGUCAUGUUAGUGCUGUUAUUUUGAUUAUAAUUAUGUCUUGGCCAGAUAAUGAUUAUCAAUAUAUACCACAGCUUUUAUUUAAUGUUUAUUUACAUACUUUAUGGGGAUCUGUAUUGGCACUGGUAUUUCCUGAUUUAAGAGAUCACGAUCUGUUAGGAGAAGUGUUUAAUUUUUUUUUAGAACAUGUUCUGAUAUUGGUGUUACCAUUUUACAUGCUAACUACUAAGCGUUAUGUAAUUUUAUCUUUAAAUAUAAACAUGGCAUUAUUUAGUUUCUUUUUAUAUGCAUCAUAUCAUUCACCUUUUCUUCAUGCUAUAUCACUAUGGUCUGGAUUUAAUAUCAAUUAUACACUUGUAACUCCUGCAAUUGGAUUUUUAAUUGUUAUUGGACAUUGGUAUCGAUUUGCUAUGUAUGGAGCAGCAUUUAUAUUAAUGUUUUUAACUCGUUAUAUAGUUGUUGAAUUGUUCUUAAAGACAUUUAAUAUUAGAAUAACUGAAAAAAAGAAAAGUUCGUGAUAAAAUACAUUAUUAUACAUCAUCUCAAUAUGUAUUUAUAUUAUAGCAAUAAAACAUACUCCUCAGACUGAACAAAUCAUU